AUGUCGGAUCCUGGAGUUCAUUCUGCGAGUGGAUCAAAACAACCAUCAGACAAACAACUGAAAUCUCUCGGUACUCGGUCAGAGAAAAAAGCAAAUACACCACCUCAAAGCGAUGUCGUCGCUAGCUCAACCCCCAAGAUGCAGAAUCCUAUAAUUCCGGUGCACGAAUCUACACCGGUGGGUCAGAGUAAUUGCGGACUCUGUAACAAGCCAGAUGAUGAACGGAUGGUCCAAUGUGACGACUGCGACGUGUGGCACCAUUUUUCGUGUGUGGACGUUUCCCAGGACAUCAAGGAUCGUAGUUGGGUUUGCUUGAAAUGCGUUAAUGCGAAGGCAACCAACGGUGGAUCGAAAUCCAAAAGGAAGUCCAACGUACAGAAGAGAUCUUUCACGAUGCUACACAAGAAGGCAGUGCGGGCUAUAAAUGCGAAGGGUAAGAGAAAACUAACCACUACAAUCAAUCGAAAAGGACAUGUGGAUGAUACGAAGGCGAAACGCGACGAUAAUCCGAUGGAAGCUGGUGGAAGCCAUACAAAACCAGCCGCAAUGAAUCCAGUGGGCAAAGCAGGUUCCGUUGUGUCAGAAGCGUCGUUCCGGUCAACUAAAGCGCGUUUGGAUGUCGAAUUGAAACAAAUUGAGGCUGAAGAGACAUUGAUGCAAGAAGAGAUGCAGCGUAAGCGAGAAUUGGUGCAGAAGAAAUUUAAGGUGAUGAAGGAGAUUGCCGACUUAGAAUGUUGCGGUGGAUCUGUUGUUGAUCAUCAGAGUGUUCGUCAUAAGGUUCAAGACUGGUUAAAACGUGACGAAACCCGUAAUGAUGAAAAGUGUGUCACGAUCCAGAAGGCCACCUUAGUCGAUCCGACAAAAGAAGUGGAAACUGAAAAUCUGAGAAAAAGUAUAUUAUUGAACUGUUCCAAGAAUAAGAACCCCCAAGAAGAGGAAGCUGUCAGUGAAACGGAAUGUGAGAACAGCGAAGAGGAGGUUCAAGCAGAUGACCAUGGUGAUUCGGCGUAUUGUGAACAUGAGAGACCGUUAGAGAAACAUGUUACCACGUCGAUGAGCGGAAAUAGUAAACUGUCCGUAACAGAGCAGCAUCACUCUCUCCGCAAUCAAAAGCGACUAACGAAGGAUGAAUUAGCAGCCCGUCAGGUUGUCCCUCGCGAGCUGCCCAAGUUUAGCGGUAACCCGGAAGAAUGGCCCAUGUUCCUGUCCACUUACGAAGAUACCACGGAAAUUUGCGGUUACACAGAAGCGGAGAAUAUGAUUCGUUUGAGGAAUUGUUUAAGAGGAGAUGCUUAUAAUGCUGUUCGAAGCUUCUUACUGCGACCUGAAACGGUGGGGAAGGCGAUCAACGCAUUGAAAUUGAGAUUCGGUAGGCCGGAAUUGAUAAUCGAACGUCUGAAGGAGAAAAUCAUAUCGAUGCCAAACAUAAGACCAGAUGCAAUGGACAAACUGGUCGACUUCGCUCUGGAGGUACAAAACCUUUGUGCCACAAUAGAAGUUUAUGAUGAAAGUCUCUAUAUGUGCGAUACUACCCUGCUCAAGGAGUUUGUCAUCAAGCUUCCGCCGCAAAUAAGACUGGACUGGGCACGGUAUAUAAGGAAGUUGUCGACAGUGAAACUCUCAACCUUUGGUCGGUGGAUAUAUAGUUUAGCGGAAGACGUUAGCGUGGUUUUCGAAUCUCAGAGUCGAGGAAAUAAGCAACCGGAGUUCCGUGGAGCUCGAAGAGAAAAAUACGUGAAUACUCACGCGGAGUUUAAAUCUCAUGAGCGAGACACACCGCAGACAACAAUUAGUAGUUCUUCGGCAAACCUCGCAAGUGGCGAAGGUAAACCAUGCCCAGCCUGUAAGGGCGAUUGCAAAAAUCUUGGAAAGUGUAAACGUUUCCAGGAGUUGUCUUACGAGGCGAGAUGGGCGACCGUUCGUGGCUUUAAUUUCUGUCGGAAGUGCCUACGUCAGCAUAAGGGAGGCUGUUACUCUGGAAUUUGUGGAAAAAACGGCUGCACGUUUAAACACCAGGUAUUACUCCAUAAAGAUUUCACUCCUCCAGCAGGAUCAAGUGAUGGCAGUAGGCAUGAGACCACAAAUCAGAAAGAGGAACGCAAUAUUUGUACUCAUCAAUCUGGUCUUGUUCCGGGAUCGUUUCGAUACUUACCAGUGACGUUGUUUGGUGAAGGAGUUCAAGUGCAGUGUUAUGCAUUUUUAGACGACGGAUCAGAGCUGACCCUCAUCGAUGAGGAGCUAGCCGAUGAGCUCAAGCUAUCUGGAGAUAUUCGCCCUCUCUGUCUCAAAUGGACGGGCGGAACACACCGUAAUGAGUCUGACUCUAGGAGCGUAAAUGUCGAGAUAUGCGGACGUGGAGGUAAACGGUCUUCGCUCCAUGACGCCAGAACGGUAAAGCAACUGCAGUUACCUUUUCAAACUUUAGAUAUACAACAUCUAAGAUCAAAGUACGGUUAUCUAUACGGACUUCCGAUUGACUCGUACUCAAAUGUUCGUCCACGCAUACUAAUUGGCUUACGCCACGCUAACCUUAUGCUAGUGCGAAAGAGUCGAGAGGGAAAAGUUGGUGAGCCGAUCGCAGUAAAGACUAACCUCGGUUGGACUGUAUACGGAGGCAGGGCGAAUGAGAAUUCCGUGAAUACUAUCAGCCAUACGUAUCAUAUAUGUACCUGCAGUGAACAGAACGCGAUAAAUCUAAAUCAGAUGGUUAAGAAUUAUUUUUCCAUCGACAGUUUGGUGGUCAAUCAAAAUCAGCCACAAUUGUCAAAGAAUGAUGAACGGGCAAUGCUUCUGCUUGAAUCCCGCACACGCUUCAAUGGACUUCGCUAUGAAACGGGACUGCUGUGGCGUUCUGAUAAAGUUCGUCUUCCAGAUAACAAAGAAAUUGCUGUUCGGCGUUGGAGGUGCUUGGAGAAGCGCAUGGAAAAGGAUGAAGAAUUGGCAAACAUAAUGAAAGAAAAAAUCAGAGAGUACGAAUCAAAGAACUACAUACGAAAAUUAUCUCAGGUUGAGCUCGCGGAGAAGCAUGAACGCGUGUGGUACUUACCCAUUUUUCCAGUAUACAACGUGAACAAACCAGGAAAAAUAAGGAUAGUAUGGGAUGCUGCAGCCCAAGUGUAUGGAACGUCUCUAAACUCGGCACUUCUUACCGGACCGGACCAGUUGGCUUCGCUGGUGGGUAUUCUGUAUCAAUUUCGAGAACACCAGAUUGGUCUCUGUGCCGACAUUCGCGAGAUGUUCCAUCAGGUAGGAAUCAUACCUGUGGACCAGCAGUGUCAACGAUUCCUGUGGCGGGAUCACGCCGAGCAGAAUGAGCCGAAUACUUACGUUAUGCAAGUCAUGACGUUUGGGGCGUGCUGUUCUCCAGCAACAGCCCAAUUUGUAAAGAACAUAAACGCGGAUAGAUUUAAGGAAGAAUAUCCAGAGGCAGUGAAUAUCAUCAAGCAAAAGCAUUACGUAGACGAUUUGGUCAUGAGCGUAGAGACAGAGCAGAAAGCAGUUGAGCUGGCUGAAGCGGUACGAUUAAUUCAUAUGCAGGGCGGAUUCGAAAUCCGCAACUUUGUGUCGAACUCACCGUUGGUGCUAUCGAUAAUGAACGGAGAAAAAUCUGUGGAGAAGGACUUAAAUAUUACAGCUGAACUUUCGAGCCAGAAAAUCCUGGGCAUGUG